UUUUCGCCGAUGCGGGCGGCUGGGGGCCCGCCGCCACUAGAGAGACGCUUUCCUUUUCUAUUUUUUUUCCAUGUGUUCACUUCCGGGUCCGGCGUCGAUCCGGAUGCCCGAGGCAGAAGGAUGUUUGACCUCCGGAUAAGCGAGGCACCGCUGUGCAUUCAUUCCCGGCUGCAUAGGUGGCGACAGCAGCGGCUCGGGCGGCGACUCUCCGGCCAGCGGUGGCGGUAGGAGGCACCAGCAGUAGUGCGGGGACCCAGUCUGAUCCGAGCUGCGUUACCUCCCUCACUCGUUCCUUUCCCACUACCUCGCUCGCUCCCUCCCUGCGUGGCUCGCUGUGCUGCUCCGGCCGCCGGCGCGUGUGAUGUGGUGCCGCCGCUGCUGCCCCCGCCGCCGCUGACUGACGGACUGGGGGCGCCGCCCGCGCCCGGGACCGACCCGCGGCUGGCGACCGCGCCUCGGAGCUCUCUAUCAAUAUCAGCUCACAUCACUGAAAAGAUAAUUUUGAAGAUAUGUUUUGCUGAGAAGACAACUGAGAAAAAUUUUACGAAUGGGAUGAACACGCUUCAGUCAAUUGACUACCUUCUGCAAUUUAAAUGUUAACAUUACCCACCUGGUACAGUUACCUAGUGAUGUACCUGUUUUCACGAUACCCUAUUUCAUUGUGCUUGUCUUGAUUAAAGAAUUCAAAGUGGAGUACCGCAAACUUGAUAUGGAUAAUAAAAAGAAAGACAAAGACAAAUCAGAUGAUAGAAUGGCACGACCUAGUGGCCGGUCGGGGCACACCACUCGAGGAACUGGGUCUUCAUCGUCUGGAGUUUUAAUGGUUGGACCUAACUUUAGAGUUGGAAAAAAAAUUGGAUGUGGCAAUUUUGGAGAAUUACGAUUAGGGAAAAAUUUAUACACAAAUGAAUAUGUGGCAAUUAAACUGGAGCCUAUGAAAUCCAGAGCACCACAGCUACAUUUGGAAUACAGAUUCUACAAGCAGUUAGGAUCUGGAGAUGGUAUACCUCAAGUUUACUAUUUUGGCCCUUGUGGUAAAUAUAACGCUAUGGUGCUGGAACUGCUGGGACCUAGUUUGGAAGACUUGUUUGACUUAUGUGACAGGACGUUUUCUCUUAAAACAGUUCUCAUGAUAGCUAUACAACUGAUUUCUCGCAUGGAAUAUGUUCAUUCAAAGAACUUGAUAUACAGAGAUGUAAAACCUGAGAACUUCUUAAUAGGACGACCGGGAAACAAAACCCAGCAAGUUAUUCAUAUUAUAGAUUUUGGUUUGGCAAAGGAAUAUAUUGAUCCAGAGACAAAGAAACACAUCCCAUACAGAGAACACAAGAGCCUUACCGGAACAGCUAGAUACAUGAGCAUAAACACACAUUUAGGAAAAGAACAAAGUAGAAGAGAUGAUUUAGAAGCUUUAGGUCAUAUGUUUAUGUAUUUUCUCAGAGGCAGUCUUCCUUGGCAAGGCUUGAAGGCUGACACAUUAAAAGAGAGAUAUCAGAAAAUUGGAGAUACAAAACGAGCUACACCCAUAGAAGUGUUAUGUGAAAAUUUUCCAGAAGAAAUGGCAACAUAUCUUCGUUAUGUAAGAAGGCUAGAUUUUUUUGAAAAGCCGGACUAUGACUACCUGAGAAAGCUUUUUACAGACUUGUUUGAUCGAAAAGGAUAUAUGUUUGAUUAUGAAUACGACUGGAUUGGUAAACAGUUGCCUACUCCAGUGGGUGCAGUUCAGCAAGAUCCUGCUCUGGCCUCAAACAGGGAAGCCCAUCAACACAGAGAUAAAAUGCAACAGUCCAAGAACCAGUCGGCAGACCACAGGGCAGCUUGGGACUCCCAGCAGGCAAAUCCCCACCAUUUGAGAGCUCACCUUGCAGCAGACAGACAUGGUGGCUCGGUACAGGUUGUAAGUUCUACAAAUGGAGAGUUAAACACAGAUGACCCUACUGCAGGACGUUCAAACGCGCCCAUCACAGCCCCUGCUGAAGUAGAAGUGAUGGAUGAAACCAACUGCCAGAAAGUGUUGAACAUGUGGUGCUGCUGUUUUUUCAAACGAAGGAAAAGGAAAACCAUCCAGCGCCACAAAUGACCCUGGACACAGACGGACCCUGGGGAGCUACUCACGUGUCAUCUGCCGUCUCACGAUUAAAUCAUCUCUGUAGUGACCACAUGUAUUUUCAAGGACUCACUCUUAGAAACAAAAAUGUCAUACUUUCAUACUUCAUUUUGUGGUUGUCUUACAUUCAUAUUUUUUUCUAAUUUAACUUUUAUGGAAGCUUUAAGGUUUUGUUGAAACACGAGUGCUUUGCCCAUCGCUGAAUGGAAUGGACCAAUGAGAUGGUAUUGACGAACACAGUUCUAUAGAACAUUUUUUUAGAAGCUCUUCUAGAAGGCAGUACCGUACCUUAAAUGUCAACCACUUUUAUGCCUAAUUUGUUUUUUUGUAACUUCUGCAAGAGCAUAAUCAAACAGCAGUUUCUUUCCCCAGUGGGCAGUGCCAAAGACAACAGCAUUGCCCAAAUGUUUAAAAGAAGUUACUCUUUGAGAAGUUCCUAUUUUGUGACGUCUCCAUUGAUUUCAGUAUUGUGAUGGUACUGUUAUUCACGAGUCAUAGUCACAUUUUCUCUGCGAAAUCAUGGUACCGUCACCACCUAGAGGUACUGAGGACAAAGCUCUGUGGUUUGGCAGACGGUAGUGGUCCAGUGGUGGCAGUAGCCUGGUAAACACGAGCUCUCCCGUUCUCGCACCACUGUGUGAAGUACCGUGUUGCAGAAGCGUCAAAAGCGCCUAUUUUUAAAAAUGCAAAAUAUUUGUAUAACAUAACUUUCUGCUUCCAGGUAAUAAUGUAUGUUAGACAGCAAGAAGUGAAUACUUAAAGAAGUGAUAAGUGUUGGAAUUUUAAAGAAAUACACUAAGGAGAAGAAGUAAAUGUGAACCUCGUUGCGAUGUGUAAGGUUGAAGCCUAUAGAGGCCCCUGAAGCCUGCUGCUGAGUGAUUGCAUUCUCCCUUACGCAGGAGCUUUGGAUGUGCUAUGCAAUGGUGUCUGUUUAUUAAUUAUUUUGCUCUUUGAUUGAAAAAAGAAAAAACCCAGCAAUAAACAACUGGGUCCCUCUCUCGCCUCUGUGCACAUUAGUCUCUUGUAUUCAACUCUGCUGUUCCUCUGGAAUCUUCCCGCUCUCUAGCAUAAUUUCAAUGAUUGGAAAAUACUUUGGAGAGGAUGGGUCAGGUGCUUUGCCUCCAGUCUUUUGAAGUGCCUGCACAUGAACAAAGAAGUCAUUCUAUACAAAAAGGAAGCCCAUUCCCUGUAUGCUUUGUUUUAAGCCAUAAAGACACAGGUGUACUUUAGUGGCAUUCUAGCCAGAAUUUUCUAGAAGGGUUAAAACAAACAAACAAACAAACUGGCUGCAGACAUUAAUUAUGUUGAACAAAUCUCGCACUUCCUUUUCAUUUCUGGAGUUACUACUUCUCCCAUGCAGUUUGUUCUUUGUUUGUAAGCGCGUGCCUCCAGGCAUGCUUAUUUAUUUUUAUUGUCUCAAGGUAACAUUUAAAAUGUGUGUUAAAGUAAAUACACCCACAUUUUUUAAACUUCAUUAUUACAUUUACAGGGAUUUGAUUGUCUUUUGUAAUUUAUUUUUCUUAAUAGCCAAAAGCUUAAUGCAUUCUUUUUGAUGAAUUAGGCACCCAUCCGAACAGCACACAAAUCAGGACAUUGUUUAUCAUUGUUGUUCUGAAUCCUGUGAAUGAUCUUUUUCUUGAUUUUAAAGACUUACACUCAGCUCAGAAAACAUUUGCUGUAUACUUUGGUUGGUAGUUUCUUUUCUGUUUGUAUCUUGUCAUGAUGUCUUAAACUACAGGAAUUACAUACCGAGUUUUUAUUUUUGUUUGCUUUCAGCAAGGUAGAUGGAUGUUUUGGCCAUUAUAAUGUGAAACCACUUCUUUCUUUACAGUAUUUGACCAAAUCUGUGUGUCUAUGAUAUUUGUAAAUACAUGCGAUAUCUGUAUUUCUUAUCAUAAGUCUAUUUAGUUUUAUUGUCAGUAGGGUUUUUUGGAUUGUACAGUGUUUAUAUGAUCUGAACCCCUUAUACAUAAGAAGGUGUGUAUAUUAAUCCAAUUAUGGACUUAAAAUAUUUUAAAAGUAUAAAUACCCUUAUUUGCUGCAAAGACCAGCGUGUAGACAUUUGCUUUUUAGCAAUAUUUUUAAUUGCUCCAUUUUAAUGCCAAGGAAUAAGUCUUUCGGCAACACGAACUGGUCAGUAAUAGGUAAUGCAGGUAUGUUCAGGUUAAGCCAACAAUGUUUUGCAUUUUUAUGCUUCUUUUCUGUCAACACUAAUGAAGUCAACAUUGCCUGAAUGUCUGAAUAAUGAAACACAUCCCUGUUUAAAAGUAUGUAACUGAAAAAGAAAUAAAAAAUAAAGGUAGUUUUUUUAAACUUGCUCUUUCCCAUUUCCUCUAAUCAUUGGUAAAAUAUUGCCACUCACUAAUUUAAGAUAGGAAUUUAAAAAAUUCGUUCAUUUGGUCUGUUACAGGUGAGAGGCGGAGUUAAAGGAAUACUCCUGUUGCUUUGAUUACGUUUCCUUUUGCUUUGUUCAAACCUGGUUGCAAAGACCACUACCAGGAAGUAUGUGAACUUUAGUUUGUGUCUUGACAUUUUAAAACUUCUCUCACUGGAGAAGUUCAUUGAAACGAAUGCCUUCUGAUAAA